AUGGCGUCGGCUUCAAAUGCCGCAAGGCUAUGUGCGCUGGCAUGCCGUAGGGCCCCUCGAGUCCAUCCACUGCCUCUAACACGGCAAAUUUCUCGGCAAAGCCUCGCUGCCCAGCGAGCAUUCAGCACGUCAUCUGCGCGAUGGACCGACGAGAGGACGAAAAAGGAGGGGGCCGGACAGGGCGAGGGAGAGUCACCGCAGCAGUUGGAGUUGAAGACCAUGAACAAGGCUUUCGCUGAGACGGCCACCCCCGAAGGAUUGCGACAGCUUGACGAGCUGGCCAAGACAAACGGCUACAACACGAUCGACGAGUUCUUAACAGCAAAACUGAGACAGACGCCUGGCUGGGCAUCCGAAGACAGAGCAUUGGAAGAGGAAUUACUCAAGGACGACAUUGGCGAGAAGCCCAAUAAGUCAUCGUUCUGGUUUGACGAGGAAGACCCCGAAACCAACACCGAGGAGCAUGAUGAGUUUGAUGAAGAUGACAUUACUUCUAUGGCGCAUGGCAAGCUGGAGGAAGUUCGAGAGAUGAGACACUACGCCCGAUUGGCAGCUUGGGAGAUGCCUCUUCUCGCCAAACUCGCCAAGCCUUUCGUGCCCCCGAAGGAGAAUGAAGUCCUCCGCUGGCGAUACACAACCUACAUGGGCGAAUCACACCCCGCCGAAAGAAAAGUAGUCGUCCAGUUCGCCCCCGACGAUCUGAAGCUCACGCCUGUCCAGACGGCCAAGCUGAAGAAGCUUGCCGGUCCCCGGUACAACCCCGAGACGGACCUCGUCAAGAUCAGCUGCGAAAGCUACGAGCACCAGGCCCAGAACAAGCUCUAUCUAACAGGUUUAGUGGAUGAUUUGAUUGCGGCGGCCAAAGACCCCAAGGAUACCUUUGAGGAUGUGCCUCUGGACCUGAGACAUCACCGUAUCAAGGAGAAGCCGAGAUUCCCCAAGGAAUGGAGAAUGACCAUGGAGCGACGACUGGAGCUGGACGAACGGCGAAAGGCGGCUGCGAUUGCGGACAUGGAGCGAGCCGAAGGUGGAUUGCUGGUGGACGGCAAGCAGGCCAUUGACAGCUAUCUGAUGCAGAAGCUGAUUGAGGAACAGGAGAAGCAAAAGGUUGCAGAAAUGGUGCCUGCGCCCAAGGCCGGAAAGGGUGCUGCGCAUGCGAGAGCAAGGAGGUAG